CUCCAGCAAUGGAGCGCCUCUUGGCAUCGAUAAAAUCACGACCAAUAUGGCGCAUCGGAACCCUCACUCUCGCAUUUUGCAUCGCGACCUGGUUCCUAAUAUCCUUAAACCCUAGAAAUGUUCUAGCGGAGGAGAAAACCAACAUCCUUCCCGACACCACAUCCUCUGCCAACACAUACGGCCUGAUAAGAAACAAAGUAGCAGUAAUAUCCGACACGAAAUACACCACGAACCUCAUCCCCCUCAUCCUGCACUACCACUCGAUCCUCGGUCCCAGCUGGCCCAUCAUCUUCUACACCACGCCCACGACGCUGCCCUCCUCCCUCUCCGCGCCCUUCGCCCUCGCCAUCGCGGAGAAACGAAUCCAAAUCCGCUACAUACCAGACGAAUUCAACCUCACCUCCCGCAAUGGCGUGAACCUCUACCUCUCGCGGUCGUGGCUGUGGGAACAAUUAGCGCCCGCGACACAUGUGCUGAUCUUCCAAGCCGACGCCGUGCUGUGCGGAAACGCACAUAAAACUGUCGACCAAUACGUCGACGAAGGAUGGGAUUGGAUCGCUGCUCCUCUGCAUGGGUCAGAGCAUCUCUACAACGGCGGUCUGUCGCUGCGUAAUCGAUCCAUGAUACUUGAUAUCUUGUCCAACCCGGAGAAUAACUGGGAGGAGGAGACGAGGAGCGGGAAAUGGACGAUGGGAGGUGAAGAUGUGUGGUUUAGUCGGAAGAUGGAUUUGAGGGGGGCGAAGUUGCCUAGUUUUAGGGAGGCGGUGGCGUUUGCGUGCCAGCAUGAUUGGCAUACGAGUGUGGAGAAGGAGCCGCUGGGGUAUCAUAAGGUGCAUAAGAAUAUUGGGAAGGAGGGGUUGAGGGAGAUUGAGAGGUGGUGUCCGGAGAUUGGGUUGGCGAGGCCGGGGAUGUUGGAGCCGAGUACUUAGAGUGGUGUAGAUUUGUAUAAAUAUUAUAGAGCUUUGGAUGCCGUCAAGGUCUGUCAUUUUGUUGUGCUGGAUCAAGGUGUGGAUGUCGAAGUUGAUGUUGGGGCUUUUAGAGGGCAGAGCUUACUGGAAAGAUGACCCGGUAAUUGGCCACGAGAAUAUCGAAGUCGACGUGGGAGCUUUUGAGCCUUAGAGCAUAUGGAACAGGCAAUCUCGAGACUAGAAGCGAGAAUGUUGGUCCCCGAGCGGAGCAUUCUUGACUAGAGAAAUCUCAGAGUUAGGAAUUUCUUUGCGUAAUAAUUUUGUUAUCAAG